AUGAAGACUUUCCUCGGUUUUACUUUAUUCUAUGUGACAUCGUCUUAUGGGACUAACUAUCACUACUCAGACAAUGUGACAGAGGGGCAUUUUGCAUUUCAAGCAGCGGAGGCAGGUGAUUACAUUGCUUGCUUUUUCGCCGGUGAUCACAAAGCUUCCACUACCAUUAACGUCGACUUUGAUUGGAAAUCUGGUGUUGCUGCCAAGGAUUGGACGAAUGUUGCCAAGAAAGGUUCUGUUGAAGUAAUGGAAUUGGAGCUGAAAAAAAUGUUUGAUGCAGUGCAAUCUAUCCAUGACGAGAUGUUUUAUCUAGUUGAAAGGGAAAAAGAAAUGCGGAAACUUAACAGGUCCACAAAUAGCAAAAUGGCGUGGUUGAGUUUUUUGUCGUUUUUUAUUUGCUUGUCCGUGGGCGGAAUACAGCUAUGGCAUUUGAAGUCGUUCUUCGAAAAGAAGAAGAUUAUUUAAUGGUGUUCUAAAUCAUCUUACUGGAAUUACAAAUCCCCAAUGGAUUUUUCAAUUCUAAAAGUAGGAAUACAACUCCAAAUAUCAGAUGCAAGAUUCAUUCUACUGUUUUUCUGAUUAUGACAAAGUUUUUGUGACUUGUUUG